CCGGCGCCUAGCCGGAACCUCCCCCUCCUGGUGAUGGAGGAAGAGGAGGUUGCGGUGGGGAAGAUGAAGCAGUUUCACGGCGGCGUCAGCGUGGGGGUCGGCGGCGGUGCCGGGGGAGCAGGGCUGGAUCCGGAGCGCUGCCGCUUCCCUUACUGCGUGGUGUGGACGCCCAUUCCCGUGCUCACAUGGCUGUUCCCCAUUAUUGGUCACAUGGGCAUUUGUACCUCAGCUGGAGUCAUCCGGGACUUUGCAGGGCCGUACUAUGUCUCGGAAGACAACAUGGCUUUUGGGAAGCCUGUAAAAUACUGGAAGCUGGAUCCCAGCAAAGUGUAUUCCUGUGGCCCUAAUGCUUGGGAUACUGCGGUGCACGACGCCUCUGAGGAGUACAAGCACCGUAUGCACAACCUCUGCUGUGACAACUGCCACUCUCACGUAGCCCUGGCCUUAAACCUCAUGCGAUAUGACAACAGCACUUCCUGGAAUAUGGUCAAACUUUGCUUCCUCUCCCUUCUAUAUGGAAAGUAUGUAAGCAUAGGGGGCUUUGUGAAGACCUGGCUUCCUUUCAUCCUCUUUUUGGGGAUUAUCCUGAUAGUCAGCCUGACUCUUCACUUGCGAUGAUGGACAACGCCAGCGUUCUCCCCUCUCUCUUUUGAAGUCAAGUCUUGAAAACUCUGGCUCUCCGAGCCCAGGAAGGCUGUGGAAGUAAGCUGCGUGGCCCAGAAACCCGCAGAAAAAGAAGUGCUGUGUAAUAACAACUCUUCCUUUA